AUGGCACCGAAUGCCCAUGAAUCAGAGGGCCGCCCCGCCGCCGUCGAACCCGACGUGCUGUCAGACGAGUUCGGUUUCCGGCCCGAAGACAUCGUCAUAUCCGGUUUUUCCGGCCGCUUUCCCGAAUGCGACAGCAUCGACGAGAUGAGGCAGAAGCUGUACGCUGGCGAGGACAUGGUCAACGGAGAACCCAGGAGAUGGCCAACGGGUCUGUAUGGCGCCAUCAUGAGGACUGGAAAAAUGAAGGACAUUACCCAAUUCGACGCUGAAUUUUUCGGCUACCCUCCUGCUUUGGCUGAACGUAGUGACCCGCAACAGAGAAUGUUGUUGGAAGUUGUUUACGAAGCAAUUGUCGAUGCAGGGCUUCAUCCGAUGGCUUUGAAGGGAACCCGAACCGGUGUAGUUGUGGCUCUGUCAUCCAGUGAAACGUGUGAUUGGUGGUCCAAAGACCCAGAGAUUGUUAAUGGUUAUGAAUUUAUAGGCACUUCGAGAACGAUGAGUGCUAACCGUGUGUCCAACUACUUCGACCUAAAGGGACCAAGCUACUCCAUCGACACGGCUUCUUCUACCAGUUUGAUUGCUCUCCACCAUGGCUUCAAGCUCAUCCAAGAUGGCGUUUGUGAAAACUGUAUCGUGGCUGGUGUCGAUCUGGUGUUAAAUCCGACUGUGUCGCUCAUGUUCCAAAACCUGAACAUGUUGUCGCCCGGUGGCAAGUGCCGAUCGUUUGACGCUGAAGGCGAUGGAUACGUGAGGUCAGAGGGCGUUGUCGCCGUGUUAUUACAAAAAGCCAAAUCGUCGAAACGCAUCUACGCGGGUUUGUUGAAUACCGGAAGUAACGCUGACGGUUACAAAGACGAGGGCAUCACGUUCCCUUCUCAAGAAAUGCAAAUCUCUCUCUUUCGGCAAGUCCAAGAAGAGGUUGGCGUUAAAUCGACUGAUGUGGCUUUCAUGGAAGCUCAUGGAUCCGCUACUAAAGUGGGUGACCGUCAAGAAGUUGGCGCAAUCGUCGAAGUGUUCUGCAAAGGGAGGACAUCUCCACUUCUCAUCGGCGCUCUCAAGUCGAACAUGGGUCACGGUGAACCGGCUUCCGCCCUGUCCGCUGUCAUAAAAGUCCUCGUGGCCAUGGAAUGUAGACUUUUGCCACCCAACUUGCAUUACAACAUACCGAACCCGGACAUCCCGGCCCUAGUAGACGGGAGAUUGACCGUAGUGGAAAAAGUCGUUCCAUGGAACGGUGGUAUUGUUGCAGUCAACUCUUUUGGCGUGGGUGGUGCCAAUGGACAUUGUCUAAUGAAGUCGUACACCCAGGAGAAGAAAGAACUGCAAGUGCUGGAAGAGCAAUUACCUAGAUUGGUGGCUGUCUCAGCCAGAAACGAAAGUGCUAUAAAUUACAUGCUAAACCGAAUCGAUCAAAUGCCCAGGGACAAAGAGUUCUACGCCUUGUUGUAUGGAGUCCACAGCGAAAACAUAUUUGGCCACAAAUACAGAGGUUAUAUUCUGUUUAACGGAAUGUACGACAAGAACCGUCAGAUCGCUGAGUUUGACGGCCAAAAGAAACCAGUCGUUUUUGUUUUACCCGGUGCGGAGACCAACUGGUCUGACGUGGGUAACCAAUUAAAACGUUUGCACGUGUUCAAUGAGUCCAUCACGCAGAGUGCGAAUUUGUUGCAACAAAAAGGGUUCAAUUUACGUUCAGUGCUGAGAAAUACAGAUGCCAUAUCGAUAAGUGAUCCGUAUUUGUCCGUUGUGGCCACGACCGUUGUUCAAGUCGCUCUCUUGAACGUCCUAGCAAAACUGGAAAUAAAACCAGAUUACAUUGUCGGAGAAUCGUUUAGUGAACUAGCGGCCGCAUUCGCGGAGGGCGUUUUGACAGCAGAUGAAGCUGUUUUGUCGGCUUACGCUAUUGGUAGCGUAUUGGCUGAAGCAAAAAUCACUCCAAGUCAAAAUGCACCCGUAUUAUCAUCCCAGAACGUUUCAAAAGUCUCCAAACAAUUGAUGUCCGCUUUACAAGCCGUCAUCACUAAACCAAAGUCCAUUUCUUCUCGAUGGAUUAGCGCUUCGCAGUCAUUAGGAAAUCAACUGAUAUCAUCGACAUACUUUGUCAAUAGCUUAUCCACUCAGUUAUCACUUCAAGACUCGUUGGCGAAGUGCCCUGAAAAAGCAAUUUACGUUCAAAUCUUAGCCCAAACACGAACUCAAGACUACAUUGCAAGUAACUUAAACUCCGACGCCAAACACGUAAACCUGAUCAAAAAUUCCAACGAUAUGUAUAAACAGCUGUUAUUGAGUGUCGGAGACUUGUUUAAUGCAGGCCUUCAACCCCAAAUUGAACACCUAUAUCCGCCAGUGCAAUUCCCCGUGUCGGCACGUACCCCGAUGAUCCAAUCAUUAGUCGAAUGGGAUCAUUCUAUUAAAUGGAAAGUAGUUACAUUCUGCGGCAAGCCAUCUUCUAAAGCCGGCGAAAUCGUAUUAAACGUAGAUGUCAAUACCAAUAAUUUCAGCUUUUUGAAAAACAAUAGAAUAGACGACUUAUUCAUUUUACCUUACGCUGGUUAUCUGUCAUUAGUUUGGCAAGGUUUUGCCGAGUUAUUACGUCAAGAGCCAAAUGAACUGGCAGUUGUGUUCAAGAAUGUGGAAUUCUUAAGGAAGACGGUCAUCCCAGAACAUGGAGUUGUUAAGUUUGUUUUGAACGUACUGUCGUCUGGAGAAUUUGAACUCAAAGAAUCCGAUACGAUUGUAGCUUCUGGUCAAAUUAGCACUUCGACUACGAUUGAAAAGGAGUUCUUGAAGUUGGCGAUGCCCAAAAACAAAAAACCUCAACAUUUACCGUUGGAUUCGACAGACGUUUAUAAAGAAUUGCGUUUGAAAGGUUACGAUUACAACGGUCCAUUCCGAGGGAUCCAAAAAAUUGAUCACACAGGAUACCACGUCAAUUUCGAUGGAAAUUGGUUAGUAUUUUUAGAAAAUCUAUUUCAAAUACCAGUGUUGCAAUUGGAUAAUUAUAAUUUGUAUACUCCGAAAUUCGUAAAAAAAGUAGUCAUCGAUCCUACUAUACAACAAAAGCAAAAUGUCAUCCCAGCUAUUUAUCACAAAUACGUUGAUGUAAUUAAGGCCGGAAGCGUUGAAGUCAGUGGAUUAAAAUUAGAAGAGGUUCCAAUAAGAAAUAAAGGUCAAAAAGAUCCUAAUUUAGAGUUUUACACUUUCCAACCAUACGUUUCUGAUACGGUAAAUAAUAAAAUAUAUUGGUGUAAUACAAUAUUAUAUACCUACCUAAUGCUUAAUGUAUAUAAGCUAUGUGGAAAAAUGGUGUAA